UGUGUUGGACAAUGGCAACAAGAGCGGCACUUUCAGCAACUACAUUAGACGAGGAAGUUCAACGUCGUUUAGAGUUGAUGGCUUCAAAGCCUAGUACAAGUAGAUGUAAUGGAAUUAAUCAUUCAAAAACAACUCCAGCAACUUUAAAUGAAGGGACUGAAUUUCCAGAUCAAUUAAUUAAUAGGCUUGGACCUGAAACUGUUUUGAAAGAUUUAAAUAAACAAAGUACUUCUUCAAUUGAUAUUGUAGCUGAAGGUGGUAGUACAAGUGUAGAUUCUUCAUCCAAAACAAAGAGGACAGCAGCAGAAAAACUUUUAUUAGACUCUGAAAGGAAAAAUGGAAAAAGGAAAAAAUUUCGUUCCAGUCGGGGUCAAUCAAACGACAAUCCAUCAUGUUCGUCUUCUUCCGAAAGGCGUUCACUAAGACAACUACAAGAAAUGGCAUUAACAUCAUUUUGUCGUGAUAAAUGGAUUAAUGGAAAAUAUAAAAUAAUUAAUGUAGAAUUAAAUAGGGAUUCAAAAAUUGGACUUGGAAUAACUGUGGCUGGUUAUGUUUAUAAAAAAGAAGAAAUAAGCGGCGUUUUCAUCAAAUCAUUAGUACCUCAAUCAUCAGCCCAUCUUUCAAAACAAAUUCAAUUGCAUGAUCUUAUAGUUGAAGUUAAUGGAAGAAGCUUGGAAGGAUUGAGUCAUAAUGAUUCAGUUAGAGCAUUAAUUAACAGUGGAAAUAAUGUUGUAAUGAAACUUGUACGGUUUGAUGCAGAAACGCCCCAAGCAAAGUGCCUAAAAAUGCUUCAUGAACAGGAAUUAGCUGUCGCCGCUUCAGUACAUUCCGAAUCAGCCGCUUCUUCAAGUACUGCAACUGGACGUGCUGGAAGAACUGCUUCACCCCUUCCAGAAGCACUUUGUGAACAUCACAAAAAACAUUCUCUUGUUGAUUAUAAAAGUUUUUGGUCAAAUAAAUUUGGUUCAGAAUAUGAUAUUAUUGUGGUUGAUUUAAAACCGGAUGAUAAAAUUGAAAUAGAUGGGGGAAUUGGUAUUGAAUGGCAAGGGACUGUUGAUGUUUGCAAUGGAAAUCAGUUAUGUUCUCAUCAUUUUAUUUCAAGUCUUCGUAGAAAUGGUCCAGCAGAGAAAACGGGCAUUUUAAAGGCUGGGGAUGAGCUUUUACAAGUCAACGACAUAUCACUUUAUGGGGAAUCUUUUGUAAAAAUGCGUAAAGUAUUAAAUCGUGAAAGGCGUGAAAAUUCUCCUUUUAUUCGGCUAAUAUUUUGUAGAAAAACUGAAUUAGACUUUAUUAAUUUUGUGAUACCAUCACCAGAACAGUGCCUUCCUAUAGCUUACCCUUUAUUAGCCUCAAUGAUGGCUGGUGAAGAACAUUUUAUUAAAGCAAAAUCAGAAAUUGGCCUUUGUCAUCUUAAUGGAAAAUUAAAUGGAAAAUUCACUUCAACCCCACGUAGAUCCUCGGCAUUUAUUCGCCGUCCUCAAUUUAAAUCACGUUCACUUGAAAAUUUGUCUGGUUUAGCUGUCUGGAAUUGUGUUCCUUUAGUUGUUCCUUUACUUAAGGAUGACCCAUUACACCCUGGAGAAAGAGUUGUUUUAAUUAUUAGAAGUUUAGUUCCUGGAGGGGCAGCACAAGCCGAUGGACGAAUUGUCCCUGGGGAUAGACUUCUCUUUGUUAAUGACAAAGACCUUUCGAACAGUUCCUUGGAGAAUGCUGUUGAAGUGUUGAAGACAGCUCCUGUUGGCCAAAUUGUUCGUCUUGGCAUUGCAAAGCCUGUUCCUAUUGAAAAGUGCCGAUUAAGUACAUCUCCGCUUAUUUCUGAAAGUGAACGUUUCCAGGCAAAAUCGCAUUCACCGCGAGGGAGGAGGCGUAGGCGUCGAGAAAGCAGCAGCCUUCAAUUGCUCAACACUGCUGACCAGUGCUUUCUUUCGACCGGAUCCAGUCAAGAAGAGAUUUGGAUAGGUCAACAACAACACAAUUCUCUUUAUAAUUCCCAACGGUGCUUAAAUCCACAGGUAUUUUUAAAAAGUUGA